AAGUAUUACGGCACAACUGCUCUUUUGUUGACUCAGAAGGGAGGUGAAUGAUUUCUGCUCCUACUUGAUGACAAACUUCAUUCAACAUGGUUUUUAAUGAGGAGAUUUACGCGAGCUCUCGACCACCCUGUGAAGAUCAUUGAAGGAGCGGCUUCAUAUCGUUGAGCACCGGAGGAGACGCGACCAAACCGCCACGCCCCGUGGGAGCGAGGGAAGACUCGAGUUGUCAACACCACGUACAAAAUUCUCGCCGCACGCACGAGCCGGUGUUGAAUCGAAUAAAGAUGCCCGCCCCGCAGCCAACGGGCGGUAGGAGCACCACUUCGUCCCCAUCAAAGAGCAGCCCGGGGAAACUUGGUUCUUUUUACCCCGGCGGGAUCAUGACCCCUUCAAAACAGCGCGGCGGAGAUGUUGUUGUUGACGCAGCUCGGCAUCAGACGCAGAAAGUCGUCCACAACCCGUCCAGCAGUUCCUCCUCCUCGUCAACCCAUAAAAAACCACGAGAGAAGACGAACCGAGACUACGAAACCAUUCUCACCAACUUUCUGAAACAGCAGGGCCACACCGCGUCCAUCGAAGUGCUCACCUCCUGGCUGUACCAGCGGGCAAUCGUUCGGUACCGCAUGAAAGACUUUCUUUCCUGCUCACGAGACUGCGACCGAAUCGCGGAGAAGUGUAUCGAGGAAAAAACUACACCCAUUUCCAUCCAUUUUCUGCAUCACAGAUAGCAACCGGAUUCAAAUUUGAUGUAUGACUAUGAUUUCUUGCAUGACAAGUUCAUGGAUGUUGGGGAUGGAUCUUUUUUGGUGGAUAAAGAGCGCCGGCUGUGUGCACGGACGGAUUCUUUUCCUGAACGCCAAGGCGCACUUAUGGAUGUGUCAGAGUUGAAAUCGACAAAGUUGAAAUAAUUACUAUUUAAACUGCAGCAAGCCAGAACUUUUGAAGCUUUUGGGUGUGUUCUGGGGUAUGCAAAGUGGGUCCGUAGCAUCGUGAUUUGUAAUUUGCAGGCCACACCCCGAACACACCCCGGACACACCCCAGGCACACCCCAGACAGACCCCCGACACACCCCCCCGACAAGAACUGCUGAAGCUUUGGGGUGUGUUCUGGGGUAUGCAAAGUGGCUGCGUAGCAUCGUGGUUUGCAAUUUGCAACACACACCCCGAACACACCCCGGACACACCCCAGACACACCCCCGACACACCCCAGACACACCCCAGACACACCCCCGACACACACACCCCCGUCACACCCCAGGCAGACCCCCGUCUCGCACCCCCGGAAGACACCCCCGACACACCCCAGACAAACCCCCGGCGCGCCCUCGGCUACCACAUCCAGAGCAGGGGGCAGAGAAACUGAAUAGCCAGAGCAGAAGGCUAACCUGGAUCCGAAUCGAAUAACUAUCCAGAGCGGGCUCAAGUAUCCAGAGCGGGUCUCUCGCACGGCCCAGGGGCAAAAGCCCUAGGUCAGCGCGGGGACUCGGUCCCCGCGUCAUGACCUAGGGGCCAGCUUCGGGCGUUUCCCAGAAACUAACCGCAUAGCCCAGGGGCGAAAGCCCUAGGUCAGCGCGGGGACUCGGUCCCCGCGCCAUGACCUAGGGGCCAGCUUUAGGCGUUUCCCGGAAAGUAUCUAACCGCACGGCCCAGGGGCAAAAGCCCUAGGUCAGCGCGGAAGCUCGGUCCCCGCGUCAUGACCUAGGGGCCAGCUGCUGCGGGCGCUUCGUUCCCGGAAACUAACCACACGGCCCAGGGGCAAAAGCCCUAGGUCAGCGCGGGGACUCGGUCCCCGCGUCAUGACCUAGGGGCCAGCUGUUGGCGCUUCCCGGAAGCUAACCGCAUGGCCCAGGGGCAGAAGCCCUAGGUCAGCGCGGGGACUCGGUCCCCGCGUCAUGACCUAGGGGCCAGCUUUGGGCGUUUUCCGGAAACGAAUCGCACGGCCCAGGGGCAAAAGCCCUAGGUCAGCGUGGGGACUCGGUCCCCGCGUCAUGACCUAGGGGCCAGCUGUUGUGGGCGUUUCCCGGAAACUAACCACACGGCCCAGGGGCAAAAGCCCGGGGUCAGCGCGGGGAUUCGGUCCCCGCGUCAUGACCUAGGGGCCAGCUGCUGGCGCUUCCCUUCCCACCCGGAAACUAACCGCACGGCCCAGGGGCAGAAGCCCUCGGUCAGCGUGGGGACUCGGUCCCCGCGUCAUGACCUAGGGGCCAGCUACAGACGCGGCGCCGGUGCUAUCGGCACCCGGCCCGGCGCCAGCUUCUUCCUUUCUUUUCUCUUUGUUUCACUGUUCGCGGUGGGCCAGCGGAUCUAGUGUGGGCAAGCUGAGGAGCUCCGUCCGUAGGUCUGUCGCGGAUCAGGGAGCGCAGGGCACACAGAGGCACCGAGCUGCAGGGGCCUGCCCGCCCUGUGCCAGCCACCACAACCCCCGAACUCGUCCCAGACAAAUGCCGGAAGGUCGCCGCACGGGGACUCUGUCCCCGUGCUCGGACCUUGUUUGUCAUGCAUAAAAUGGAUGCCAGUCGGAACCCAGUUUCCAAGUGGCGCAUGACAAAUUUCGGUGGUCCCUAAAUCCAGUUUGUCAUGCUGUUUGGGUAAGGAAGACGCGUUUUGUCAUGCUACUUUAGCAGCUCUAUUUCUACCCCUCAACAGGCUUGCAAUCUGCCUCCCUUGUCUACUCUGCAAGACAGGUACUUUGUGGGUUGCAUUUUAUGCGUCACAAAUUAUUUCAACUUUGACGAUUUCAAUCCUGACGCUUCCAUAGCACUUUCGGCUGAAGAACUGGCGCCAGUUCGGCCUGAACCUGUACCGCAGCUGCGUGGAGGCGGUCCAGAUGGACUACAUGGAAAUUUUUCCGUCCGUUGGGUCGCUGUGUUGCUGUGCGCCGAUAUUUGACGAGACGGAGGAUCUGUUCACCGGAGUAAUGUAUGAACUGCAAAAGCAUCGUACUCGUUAUGCAUUACAAAUUGACUUAGCACUACAAAUUUCAAUUUGUAAUGCGGAUUUGCCUUGAAAAAAAGAUUUGUAAUGCAUAAACGCAAUUAGUACGAGUGCGAUACUUUUGCACAGGAUAUAAUGCUCGUGUUGCAGAAAUCCGCGAAGGCGCUACUCUCCCUGCUGAACUCUGACAACGGCGUGAAAUUCUUCUGGCACGUAUCAACUGCAAAAAUGUCUGGGUCUGGAAGAUUGCCAGGUUCGUCAUGCAUAUUCGGCAUGACCCAUGAUGUCUGUGAUGCAUGACCUAGCAUCACAGAUUUGGUGAUGGCUUCCUGAUGCCUAUACCGCAUGAGAAAUACCCCCUCGCCGUCGCAAAAGCUGGGCCUCUUUUGCUGUUCAUGCAAUGCAGAUUUUUGUAGAAUCCAAAGGCAGCAUCACAAGUUACAUCCUUCCAGACCCAGACACUUUUGCAUUUGAUAGCACGUCAUCGUGGACGACGGCGCGAAGAGUCCGCCAGCGCUGUUCCGAGCCACCAGGAACAAUACUUCUAAAGCGGAAGGGUGGGAUCAAAUAGUAACCAGUGGACAUCAAGCCGCGAACGAUAUAAAUAGUCCGGUCAAGGGUGGAGGAGGAGGUGUGCAACUUCUGACGCCAACAGUUAUUUCCUCUUCUUCACAGGUGGCUUCUAUGGGUGAUCCGCCUCGAAGUGGUAACAAAAAAGAUCAGGAGCCACUGUCCCCCUCCUCAUCCCCCACGACCUCUGCGAAGAAUGUGCAAAUCGUUUCGAAUCUCGACGAGGGGAUCAACGUAACAGAUGAGAUCGACGAGCAACUGUCACUCGAGCAGACGAUCCGCCAACAGUGCUUGAAACGGUCCGAGUUUCUAGAGUCGCUGGGUUUGAAAACGCUCGUCUUUGGUUUGACCGAGAUCCGAAACCGCAUGCACAAGGAGACGAUGAUGAGCAACAGGAGCAGCGCAGCAGCUUCAGCUUCUUCUAGGAAAGUAAAUAGUGCUGAACAACAAGUAGCUCCGGGCGCUGGUACAUCAACAAGCGUUUUCGCAAACUUCCAGCAGUACGAUCCGUUGUUCCGGUCUUUGGUGAAGUUCAUCAAUCCGGAUGUAAAUCUUCAUCUUUCCUUCACGACCAUAACGCUCUACAGCGAGUUACUCGCAACCAGCACGGCGAAGGAGGAGCAGAUAGCUGCGAGAUUAUCCAGAACGUCCAGUUAUUCAUGGCAAAUAUGUUGUCUUCUAGGCUUGUCCUUUAUUUGAUUUGGGUAGAAAUUAUGCGCAUGACAGACUUGGGCCGCAUGCUAGCCAAACACGACAACAAGAUGAAAGUAGAUGAGCCUUGCAUUUUUAUUUUGUUCGUUCCAGAGCGAGACCCAGGGGACGAUAUUUUUGCAAUCAAUACCAGCAUGAUGCAGAGUCCGGAGAAGACGUCUGCAGCCCUGAUGCUGAGCUUGUCGAGUCAAAAACCACGCGGGCGGAGAAGAAGCAGUCGGUUGUCGUCCCAGGGUAGCGAUUAUGCAUUGCAAAGUAUCGUGCUUCUAGGAGUUCUUGUAGUGGCAUUUUUACAACGCUGGCAAAAUUUGUUUGUGUUGAUGCUGAAGAUUCACCCUUGGAACAGCGCGAUCGAGAUGUCGUGUUGUAGGAUUGCCUUUCGUGCAAUACUCAUACUUUUGCACACGAUAGUGACCAUGCAAGCACUUCUGGAGCUGCUGCUGGUCCCAGUGCUGCUAGUCGAGAAAACUCCUCCUCUCCCGUAAAGACACGAGCGGGACUCGUCGUUGCCUCAGCGAACUACAGUGAUAGGAAAACACAUCAACAAUCCACACGGCCUAGCUCCGCAUUGUCCUCUUCUGCCCGGAAGGGCAAACUGCCCUGGGGCUACAAUAACAACGUCAGAGCGUCCUUUUCACCGACCGCUCCUGCCAGCCUGCACGACAACUAUUCUUCUACACCAGGCGCGGCCGUCGAAAUGAUGAACCUCCACGGAUCAUCAAUCCAAAACGGAGGCGGAGGUUACGCGAGUACAACAGCGGCGCUCGACGUCGACCGGAUUUAUCACAGCAAAAAGUGUUAAAAACGUUAACGGAAUUUGUGACGCAGCAAUGCAUCACAAAACAUGGACAUGCCAAAAUUUGUAAUGCAGAGCAUGCAUAUUGGGCUACAUUUGCGAUGCAUGACUGCAACCAGCCAUGCUCCGGCUACCGCCGGAGCGCAAGGCUGUUUGGCCGGGUCUGAACUGCUUGCGGACCGGACCACAGCGACAUACAUACUCAUGCCCCCACAGAACUCUCUGCGCGCUGGCGCUUCUCGCGCCUAAGGGCGCUCUGCGCAGGGAGGAGCUACCGCGAGCACUGGGGCAGAACAGGACACACCUAGGUGCCACACCAAUCCGCUACGCAUGCCUUUCGUUAAUCAAGAUGAACCACGAACCCCGCCCCAUUCCCCGGCUUCGCUACUUUUUCAAUGAAUGGCUUCAGUGUGGGAGGGCGGCGCGAGAGGGUAGCGCGAGAGGGUGGCGCGAGAGGGUGCGCGAGAGGGUAGCGCGAGAGGGUGGCGCGAGAGGGUGGCGCGAGAGGGUGACGCGAGAGGGUGGCGCGAGAGGGUGGCGCGAGAGGGUGCGCGAGAGGGUGGCGCGAGAGGGUGCGCGAGAGGGUGGCAGGGACAAACGCCGCACCAAACAAGUCCGCGAAGAGCCUGCAAUGCUAAAUAUGGGGACUGCCAUGCGGAUUCGCGCCCGCCACUUUGUGUCUUUACCCUCUCGCAGACCUCUCGCAGACCCUCUUUUUUACCUCUUUUGGGGGUCCCCGCUAAUAGUCCGGCUAUACUCGCGGGUAGAGGUCGACAGAGGUGGCCGAGAGGGUGCGCGAGAGGUUGGCCCUUAUUCGCGCCACCUCUCUCGACCUCUGUCGACCUCUCGCGCCCCCUCUUUUUGACCUCUCUGCACCCUCUGAGGCACUUAGGCGCCGCCUUAAGGUGGGGCCUUCAGCUGGCUAUACUCGCGCACCCUCUCGCCGACCCUCUCGAAAGGGGUCCCGCGCCACCUCUCCACCUCUGUCGACCUCUUUUUUACCUCUUUUGACCUCUUUUUGACCUCUCGGCCACCUCUUGUUUACCCUCUGUCUACCUCUUUUUUCGCAUGAAUAUAAUAUAUAAGUAAUCUGUGCCGUUAAUGUUAACACUUUUUCUUGUGAUUGGAUUUUUCCGAAAGUCAUGGACUGCUUCCUCUCAGAGAAGAAUUAUCCUGUGCAAAAGUAUCGUACUCGUAUUCUUGCAAUCAUGCAUUACAAAUCCCUUUGUUAAGGUAAAUCUGCAUUUACAAAUUUUAUUUCUCAUGCUGGGGAAAUUUGUAAUGCAUUCAUAAUAUACGAGUACGAUACUUUUGCAGUUCAUAAGAAUGAACUUAUCCACGCCUGCGCCCGGUUUUUGACCGAGAUGCACCGAUCUUUCCUGUACAGGGAGAAGGUGAAAUUCGACGUCUUGGACUACUUCGUCAAGUGGCUCGCGCAGGACGCGAAUCCGUAUGCUCUGCAAAAGUAUCGUACUCAUGCUAAUUGUAAUUGCAAACAUGCAUGACAAAGGUACAACAGCCUUACAAGCUGCAUUUGUCGUGCUGAGCUAAUUUGUAUAUGCAAUUUGUACUGCUACGAUUAUACUUUUGCAAUGCAUAAUCCGUUGCGAGCGUUUAUCCUGUGCACCCUCUUCCCCGUGCUCGCCAACGCAAGCUUUGGAUCGGUAGAAAACAAGGAAUUGAUGCAGUUUGGAGGAUCAACUAACAAUCCUACUUUCUUCUGAUGUGUGAUAGUGAUAAUUGCCAGCUAUUGUCAAUUGCAUUUUUCAAGACUAGAUAGAAGUAGAAGAUGAAGAAGCAACGCAUGUUAAUGUUUGUGCACACGACACUAGUUCUUAUCGUCCUCCGAAGCGUAAACCCCGAAUCAGCGUACUCAACUACAUCCAAAAGAAAUCAAUUUUACGACUUUUUUUAUCCACAGGCCCCCGAUUCCCUCUCCGUGGUCGACGAGUUAGCGAAUGAAGAGAAGCGAAACUUGUUGAAGCUCCUGAAACUAGCAGUAGAGCGAUGCGUAACCCAUGUAACUAUGUCUGGGUAUUUUGGAUCUGGAGUAAAAGCUGAGCUUGGUUAUGCGUGUCUGGCGCUCGCUCCUGAAAAAUCUGCAUUGAUUGCAAAACCGACAAGACGAGUGCAGCUUCUCGCGUCAUGCAAAAAAGCAACUUGUCAUGCGCGCGACCUGGAAUAUUAAAUUUCAAGGAGCGCUCCAAAAACUUGUCAUGCUGGGCGGCUACCACAACAGAAACUGUAGUUAUCCGCUAACACUGUCCGCAUCACAACUUUCCAGACCAAGAAGACAUGUUUGCAGUCGAUAAUCGGUGUUUGACGGCGAUCAAGCUGGGGACCACGAGGACGUCGAGAUGAAUAAAGUAGACAACGGAACAAGAGACGAUGGAGCGGCUAAAACUCCUAGUCGUGCUGGAGUUGGAAGUAGUACUACCACAUCAACGGCCGGUGGAUCAAACAAGCCGAAGCAAGACGCGGCAGCGGCAGCCGCAGCAGAAGACGUCACAGACAAAGCGAAGAAGGAACAACAAGAGGAGAAUCGAAAACUGUGGGAACCGUUGCGGAAGCAGAUCCUAGGCUUUCUGUUCCUCUUUCUCGAGAAAACCUCGGACCCGGAGGCCGACACGCUUUUGCUAGCCCGGAAUCUGUAUCCACUGCAAAAGUGUCUUACUCGUACUAAUUGCAGUUGUACAGCAUGAAGACAGAUCUGGUUUCUAUAGCUACUUUAGCAUUACUUCCUUCUGGGAAAAUUUGUAAUGCGAAAAAUUCUACUAUUACGACAGGACGCUUUCGCACUGCAUAAUCUGGACGCGGCCUCGCUGGCGAAAUUUCUGCUGCAGAAGUCCGCAAUCCAGACCUGUCUGAAGUCCACAAUAGGCGCGAUUGCGUUGCGGAGAAUAGCGUCGUUCGGAUGGAUAUCAAAUGUAAAAAUGUCUGGGUCUGGAAACUUGUGAUGCUGGGUGGCGCCUCAUGAUGAGGCUACAAAUGCUGGCUCAGCAUGACAAGUUUCUGAGCUCCUAGCUGUUGCCUAUUCUGCAUGACAAACUGCGCUUCUGCAUCACAGAAAAACGGAGCUCUUGGGUAACGUGCGUGACAGAUUUAAGAGUCAUGCCAGACAAGCAUGACAUUUUCCAGACCCAGACACUUUUACAUUUGAUAAUGAAUGUUUGAGGAAUUCGCGGAAAAUCGGGUCAUCGACAAAAUUAUAGACGAGCUGGAAAAAAUCCACGAAAAGCUGUAUGCCAUGGGUGGCGCAUCAACUUCCGGACCUGCUGCUGCUGCCCCCCAAAGUCGAAGCAGUACUAGAAAACCGUCCUACGUCGCCGACGACACCCUGACGCUCGGGGAAGCUCUUUCCUCCCCUAUGAAAUGCAAAAGUAUCGUACUAGUAUAAAUCGCAUUACAAAUUCGCUCAGCAUUACAAAUCGAAUUCGCUCAGCAUUACAAACUCACUUGAGAAAAAGAUUUGUAAUGUAUAAAUGCAAUUACUACGAGUGCGAUACUUUUGCAAUCCAUAUCCCCUCGGGCCCACCGAAUCUCGCAGAGACAGGGGCUAUCCAGCGGGUUUCACCUAUCAGAGUAGAAAAUACACAAGAACUCCAAUCUUUGUCUCAUUUGCCCCUGCUCAUUUGAUGUCCCCGUGCAAUAAAUGCCAAAUUCGCGGCUUCUUCUCGCUUUGAGGCACUCUGUCCAUGCUGAGUCAAGUUGCGGAAAGAGGUGCCUAAGCAGUAAGUCUAAGUUGUACGACUCACAACCCAUAUAUAAUUCGAGAGUUGUUCAUUUUGAUUUUGUGUCAUGCUUCAAAUGUUGAGGGCGAGGGUAGGGAGUUGUAGUUCGUCUUGCGCACGGGGAUAUGAUGUGGAAAAUGUGGAGGACGACGAGAAUCUCGGAACAUCCUCUAUGAGUCCGACGCGCAGAGGGGCGAGAAGCACCCCGAAUCUGAAUAAACCGAAUCAAAACACCACAACACCGACGCCACAAAAGCGACACGGUGGUUCUGUGGCCGCCGCGGCCGCGCCGCAUGAUCAGCAGUGCUGGACGACGCCAAAAAAUCCUCCAAAGCGACUCUCUGGCGCAGGAGGAGGCUCUGCGCUCACGAUGUUGACCAAGAACGACAACAUUGUGUCGCGGCUGGAAGCGCUGGGGUCGCAGUUGCUUCGGCUGCUCGGUUAUCCUGUGCAAAAAUAUCGUAUUCGUAGUAGUUGUAAUCAUAUGAAUUUUGAUUGAAUAUGGAUGACGGGUCUAUCUCGCUCUAGUACUACCUUUUGCAGCAUGAUGACAACACUGCAUGAUAUUCGUUCAUCUUCAAACCGCCCAAUACGUACGAUAUUUUUGGCAUGCAUAUCGGCAUGCUGCUCCUGAAAAUGCCUGACCUGCGGUUUGGGGUAGAUCCGGGUAUUCCGGAAUCCGACAAAGAAGCGGCUGAGAGGGAAUCCAAACAGGAAAAAUUGCAAAAGGAACUGCAGCAACAAUUUCUCGCCCGAGUGGGCACCUUCCCCACGUAUCGCGAGCAGUGGGUCCUUUCCCUGGAGCCUGCGGUGCGCACCUGCAACCGCGGGGUGAGGCUCGGCAAUGUGACCGCCACCGAUCUGCAGCGGAUUUGCCGCGGGCACCGGCUGAGCUCGCUGUUUGCGGAAUUUUCGAAGAGUGGAAAAAUGGAGGGGGAAAUUUACACGUCGCCGUUGAAUAAGUUGAAAGCGAAGAACAACUAUUACCCGACGUUCGAGGAAACCAUGCGGUUUAGAGAAGGUGGGGGUGGCGGGGCGCGAAGCCAGCGUGAAAGGUCACGGGAGACCACAAAUGCUAAAACUGGUGGGACGAAAGUCGCAAAUAAACCAAUUUUCGAUGGGGGUGCGAUUGAAAGGAAAAUGCGCAUUGGUGAUUAGUUGGACUACUUACAACUUUAGUCCAACUCGAUGAAAGUAAAUCCUCAGCGGCUUCCUGCUGGCAGGAAUAGAGAUGAACAUCUUCUAAGUCUUCACGCAAUUUGUUUUCUUUCUUGACCUGUGUGGCUGCAAAUUAUUGAAGUCGAACUUUAAAAAGAUUAAGAUACUGAUCUUCGGAGAAGGAU